AUGUCUCAACAAGUUGGUACUAGCAUUAGAAGGAAGUUGGUGAUCGUUGGUGAUGGUGCAUGUGGUAAGACAUGUUUGUUGAUUGUUUUUAGCAAAGGCCAGUUCCCAGAAGUUUAUGUCCCUACCGUUUUCGAGAAUUACGUUGCUGAUGUUGAGGUGGAUGGUCGUCGCGUGGAGUUGGCACUAUGGGAUACUGCUGGUCAGGAGGACUACGAUAGGUUGAGACCUCUGUCGUACCCAGAUUCGAACGUUGUGCUAAUCUGUUUCUCGAUUGAUUUGCCCGAUUCCUUGGAGAAUGUUCAGGAGAAGUGGAUCGCUGAAGUGCUACAUUUCUGUCAAGGUGUCCCUAUCAUCCUAGUCGGUUGUAAAGUCGAUUUAAGAAACGAUCCUCAGACUAUUGAAGCUCUUAGAGCUGAAGGUCAACAACCUGUUGCAUCUGCUGAAGGUCAAUCUGUCGCUGAUCAAAUUGGUGCUACUGGUUAUUAUGAGUGUUCCGCCAAGACCGGUUAUGGUGUUAGAGAAGUCUUUGAAGCUGCUACAAGAGCUUCUUUGAUGGGAAAAUCCAAGACCAAUGGUAAGACGAAGAAGAACAAUGCCGACAAAAAGAAGAAGAAGAAGUGUGUCUUAUUGUAG